UGUUGUACUUAGAGUUGAGCGACAUUGAGUUGGGAUUAAACGAUCAUCGAUAAUCAAUUCAAUGAUAACCUAGAAGCCCGGUUUUCCUGUUACUAAAAAUAAAUAAAACUUCCCGGUUCACUAAACCUCCAUUCCCCGUCACCAGUGCAGUACUCCUCCCAUCGAGAUCCAAAAUGCGAAGAUCGUUAUUCACAUCAUUGGCUCUAUCUCUGGUAACAAAGCGAGGAUUUUGUGCCAAACCAGAGAAAAUCGUAGCUUCUGUACUGUUCGAGAGAUUGCCAGUUGUUAUUCCCAAAAUCGACCCUGUGGUCUAUGCAUUUACCGAGUUCUCAUUUCGUUGGAGGCAGCAGUUUCGACGCAGAUAUCCAGAUGAGUUUUUAGACAAGUCUAAUUCUAGUGGAAAAGGUGACUAUCAAAUUGAGUAUGAACCAGCUCCCCGCAUCACGGAAGCUGACAAGACAAAUGAUAAAAAGUCAUUACAGAGGGCACUUGACAGAAAACUUUAUCUUCUUCUUUAUGGUAAAGCAUAUGGGUCUCCUAGUGACAAGCCUGUCUGGCAUUUUCCUGAAAAAGUUUAUGAAUCUGAGGAAACAUUGCGUAAGUGUGCAGAAUCUGCAUUACAGUCUGUCUUAGGUGAACUUUCUCACACAUAUUUUGCUGGCAAUGCUCCUAUGGGUCAUAUGGUCAUACAGCCAACAGAUGAUGCACAAGAGUCUAGCUACAAGCGAUUCUUUUUCAAGUCCCAGGUGACUGCAAUGGACAAAUUUAAAAUUGGAAAGUGUGAAGACUUUGUUUGGGUGACAAAGGAUGAACUACUGGGCUAUUUUCCUGAGCAAACUGAAUAUCUCAACAAGAUGAUCAUCAGCUGAUUUGGAAGACAGUGAGGUCCAAAUGCACUUUGUUUCAGAACCCGGAUGGAUUGCUUAUGAUUCUGUUUUGCAUUCAACACUUGCCAUUCACUUAGCAGAAGGAAUUUUGAUAUCCCUCAGGAAUGGUCAAUUGACUUGAUUUUUUAGCAUAGGCUGCUCAAUUCCCGUGAAUUCCCGUCCAGUGUUCCAAAUUUUGGUGUUUUUCUGGGAUUUUAAAUGCCAUCUGUUCUAAAUAAAUUAUCAAUAACCAUGUGCCCAUUACUUUAA